GCGUCUGAGCCGCCCGGGCCCGGAGCGCUGGCGGCGAGGCCACCGCACCUGCAGCGCGCUAGGGCUGCCAAGCAGGCGCUUCGCCUCCCGCCACCCGGCCUCCCUCUCCCCGCCGCGCCGGGUCUCCCGUGACACCCGAGACCCCCCGGCCAACGACAAUGACCACUUCCCUGCAAGAUGGGCAGAGCGCCGCGGAUAGGGCGGCUGCCCAGGACUCGCCGCUGGCUGCCCAGGUGUGCGGCGCUGCCCAGGGGAGGGGCGACGCCCGCGACCUGGCGCCUGCCCCCUGGUUGCACACGCGGGCGCUCCUGCCCCCUCCGGACGGGACCCGCGGCUGUGCUGCGGACAGGAGAAAAAAGAAAGAUCUUGAUGUUCUGGAAAUGCCAUCUAUUCCAAACCCUUUUCCUGAGCUAUGCUGUUCUCCAUUUACAUCUGUGUUGUCAGCAGGCCUGUUUCCCAAAGCAAAUUCAAGGAAAAAGCAGGUAAUUAAAGUAUACAGUGAAGAUGAAACCAGCAGGGCUUUAGAGGUACCCAGUGACAUAACUGCCCGAGAUGUUUGCCAGCUGUUGAUCCUGAAGAAUCAUUACAUUGAUGACCACAGCUGGACCCUUUUUGAGCAUCUGCCUCACAUAGGUCUAGAAAGAACAAUGGAAGACCAUGAGCUGGUGAUUGAAGUGCUGUCUAACUGGGGAAUGGAAGAAGAGAAUAAACUAUACUUUAGAAAAAAUUAUGCCAAAUAUGAAUUCUUUAAAAACCCAAUGUAUUUUUUUCCAGAGCAUAUGGUGUCCUUUGCAACUGAAACCAAUGGUGAAAUAUCUCCCACACAGAUUUUGCAGAUGUUUCUGAGUUCAAGCACAUACCCUGAAAUCCAUGGCUUCUUACAUGCAAAAGAGCAGGGAAAGAAGUCCUGGAAAAAGAUUUACUUCCUUCUAAGAAGAUCUGGUUUAUAUUUUUCUACUAAAGGGACAUCAAAGGAACCACGGCAUUUGCAGUUUUUCAGCGAAUUUGGCAAUAGUGAUAUUUAUGUGUCCCUGGCAGGCAAAAAAAAACACGGAGCACCGACUAACUAUGGAUUCUGCUUUAAGCCUAACAAAGCGGGAGGGCCCCGAGACCUGAAAAUGCUCUGUGCAGAAGAAGAGCAGAGUAGGACGUGCUGGGUGACUGCGAUUAGAUUGCUUAAGUAUGGCAUGCAGCUGUACCAGAAUUACAUGCAUCCAUAUCAAGGUAGAAGUGGCUGCAGUUCUCAGAGUAUAUCACCCAUGAGAAGUAUAUCAGAGAAUUCUCUCGUAGCAAUGGACUUCUCAGGACAGAAAAGCAGAGUUAUAGAAAAUCCCACGGAAGCCCUUUCAGUCGCUGUUGAAGAAGGACUUGCUUGGAGGAAAAAAGGUUGUUUACGCCUGGCCACCCAUGGCAGCCCAACUGCCUCUUCCCAGAGCUCUGCCACAAACAUGGCCAUUCACCGGUCCCAGCCAUGGUUUCACCACAAAAUUUCUAGGGAUGAAGCUCAGCGGUUGAUUAUUCAGCAGGGACUUGUGGAUGGAGUUUUCUUGGUACGGGAUAGUCAGAGUAACCCCAAAACUUUCGUACUGUCAAUGAGUCAUGGACAAAAAAUAAAGCAUUUUCAAAUUAUACCAGUGGAAGACGAUGGGGACCUGUUCCACACUCUGGACGAUGGCCACACGAGAUUUACGGAUCUAAUCCAGCUGGUGGAGUUCUAUCAACUCAAUAAGGGCGUUCUUCCUUGCAAGUUGAAACAUUAUUGUGCUAGGAUUGCUCUUUAGCCAAACCAGAAGUGACUUGUUAAACUGUUGAAGAAAAAGGACUCACGACGGGAAAAAAAAAAAAGAAAGAAAGAAAGAAAAGAAAAAGAAAGACCAUAAACAAGGGAGAAACACGUUGCCAUGGUGAAAAGAAUCUAUUUCACCUACAAGUUACAAAAAAUAGCUUGUGCAUUGCAGAUAAGCAAAGAUUUGGAUUGACAUUACGUUCAUCAUCUAAAAUUCAUUAGUUAAAAUUAAAUCUUGGAAAAAAUGAUUUGGUGUGUUCUUGUGUGAUUUUACAUAACUAUAGUAUUUUCAUCAAAUAUGCAUAUAAAACAUCUCUCUGUCCUCAUUUACUAGAGUAGCAUUUGAAUUCUCAAACACAAAAUAUGAAGAAAACUUGAAGGUUCUGAAUGAAUUAUUUGCAGACUGGAUUUCAAUUACAGUGCUUGUUUGUAACUUAGGAAGAAUGAUAAAAUCUCAAGCUAUCAAAUGAAAAAGCUACCCACAACUUGUUAAUAAAACUAAAAAGUAUUUUUGAAUAUUAUAUAUUUUCUGAGUUUAUUAUAAUCUUAAAAUCAAAUCGUAUUUUCAAGUAUCAGUUUAAAAUUAUUUUUGAAAUAUAUUGGGUUUUUUUCAGGGUGACUUUUAUUAGGUUCUUAAAUUAUUACUAUACUAUAAUAUUUACACUGUACCAAUUAGUGGUACAUUAUUGAUUGCAUUUUAUUUUACUCUUUUUAAAGACUAACCGGAACUAUCUUUUCAAAGAAAAUGAUCAAGAUAUAGAAGGGCCUUACAUAAUUUACACAUGACUUCUUGUGGCCUAUAAUCUAUGACAGUUGUCACCUUAUAUUUCACAUUUGCCCCCUGCUGUAACUUUCAGAAAGCUCUUUAUAUCCUUUCAUUACUUGAUCAUGAACCUGAUCAAAAUUGGUGAGAUCAAAGAUUUAAAGUUUAUGACGUCCCUAAUAGGCAAAUUUGUGCUAUUCUUU